GUUUACCAGGCACACGCGGGGUUUCUGUGUGUUUGAGAUGGCGGUCAGAGGAGAGAAUACAAGAUCAGAAUAAAUAUCAUUACAGUAAUCAAAUUAGCUUUCUGGAAAAUAACAUAUAGAAGAUUAAUAACUAUUUUUACUUAGUUAAAAAGUGGGGGCGGCAUGGAGGGUGGCAAGCCUUCCCUUUCGCUGGUGUAUCAGGCCGUACAGGCUCUUUAUCAUGACCCGGACCCCGCCGGCAAGGAGAGAGCCUCCGUAUGGCUCGGAGAGCUGCAGAGAUCGAUGUAUGCAUGGGAGAUAUCAGAUCAAUUGCUCCAGAUAAAACAAGACGUCGAAUCGUGUUACUUUGCAGCACAGACGAUGAAGAUGAAAAUUCAGACCUCAUUCUACGAGCUUCCUGCAGAAACGCACAUUUCCCUGAGGGACUCACUGCUGUCACACAUACAAAACCUUAAAGACCUCUCUCCAAUUAUUGUCACCCAGCUUGCUCUAGCAAUAGCCGAUCUUGCUCUACAGAUGGCGUCCUGGAAAGGUUGUGUCCAAACGCUUAUUGAAAAGUACAGUAACGACGUCUCCUCGCUCAUCUUUCUGAUUGAAAUCCUCACUGUUCUACCUGAAGAGGUGCAUAGCCGUUCCCUCCGGAUUGGUGCCAAUCGCCGCACUGAGAUCAUUGAGGACUUGGCUUAUUACUCAAGCACUGUUGUAACUCUGCUGAUGUCUUGUGUGGAAAAGACAGGGAGUGAUGAGAAGAUGCUGAUUAAGGUAUUCCGUUGCCUUGGGAGCUGGUUUAACCUUGGCGUUCUGGACAGUAACUUCAUGGCCAACAACCAGCUGCUAAUGAUACUCUUCCAGGUGCUGCAAAGGGAUGAAACCUCCACCAACUUGCACGAGGCAGCCUCAGAUUGCGUAUGCUCUGCUCUGUAUGCAAUAGAGAAUGUAGACAACAACAUGCCCCUAGCACUGCAACUAUUCCAAGGGGUCCUGACACUGGAGACGGCCUACCACAUGGCAGUGGCUCGGGAGGAUCUAGACAAGGUUUUGAAUUACUGCCGUAUUUUCACUGAGCUCUGUGAGACUUUCUUGGAGACAAUAGUAAGAAGUCCUGGCCAGGGUUUGGGAGACCUUCGAACACUAGAGCUUCUUCUCAUCUGUGCAGGACACCCACAGUAUGAAGUAGUGGAGAUCUCCUUUAAUUUUUGGUAUCGAUUAGGAGAGCAUCUAUAUAAAAGUGACCCGGUGCUCCAUGCGAUUUUCCGACCGUAUAUCCAGAGAUUGCUGCACGCGCUGGCUAGGCACUGCCAGCUAGACCCUGACCAUGAAGGAAUACCUGAGGAUACAGAUGAUUUUGGAGAAUUCCGAAUGAGAGUCUCUGAUCUCGUGAAGGAUGUCAUUUUCUUGGUUGGCUCCAUGGAAUGUUUUUCACAGUUGUAUGCUACUCUGAAAGAUGGUAAUCCACCAUGGGAGGUGACUGAGGCGGUCCUUUUCAUAAUGGCAGCCAUAGCAAAGAGCGUGGAUCCAGAGAAUAACCCAACACUUACGGAGAUGCUCGAACAAGUGGUUCUUCUGCCCCAGACUGUGCACAGUGCGGUCAGAUACACAAGCAUUGAGUUAGUUGGAGAGAUGAGCGAGGUUGUUGACCGAAAUCCCCGUUUCCUAGAUCCUGUGUUAAAUUAUUUAAUGAAGGGUCUGAGGGAGAAGCCGCUGGCGUCAGUAGCUGCUAAAGCAAUCCACAACAUUUGCUCAGUGUGCCGGGACCACAUGGCACAGCAUUUCCAGGGACUUCUGGACAUUGCCCGGGCCCUGGACUCUUUCGCUCUGUCUCCUGAAGCCGCUAUUGGGCUUCUGAAAGGCACUGCAUUAGUUUUAGCCCGACUUCCACUUGAGAAAAUUGCUGAAAGUUUGAGUGAUCUUUGUGCAGUGCAGGUCGUAGCCCUUAAAAAGCUUCUCUCCCAAGAGCCCAGGAAUGGUAAAUCUUCAGAUCCCACAGUAUGGCUAGAUAGAUUAGCAGUAAUUUUCAGACACACAAACCCUAUAGUAGAAAAUGGCCAGACCCAUCCAUGUCAAAAAGUUAUUCAAGAAACUGUCGUGCAGAUUUGGCCUGUCUUGUCGGAGACACUGAACAAACAUCAGGCAGAUAACAGGAUUGUGGAGCGGUGCUGUCGGUGUCUGCGCUUUGCUGUGCGCUGCGUCGGGAAGGGCUCGGCGGCCCUGCUGCAGCCAUUGGUCACUCAGAUGGUGAAUGUGUAUCAGAUUUAUCCCCAUUCUUGCUUUUUGUACUUGGGAAGUAUCCUGGUGGAUGAGUAUGGAAUGGAGGAAGGUUGUCGACAAGGGCUUCUUGAUAUGUUGCAGGCAUUGUGUAUGCCAACCUUUCAGCUGCUGGAACAGCCCAGUGGUCUCCGAAAUCACCCUGAUACCGUGGAUGAUCUCUUUAGACUGGCAACAAGGUUUAUUCAGCGAAGUCCUGUCACCCUGUUGGGCAGCCAGAUCAUAAUCCAUAUUAUCCAGUGUGCCAUUGCUGCCACUACCCUUGACCAUCGGGACGCAAACUGUAGCGUGAUGAAGUUUGUGCGGGAUCUGAUUCACACCGGCCUCACUAAUGAUCAUGAAGAUGACUUUGAGUUGCGCAAGCAGUUGAUUCAACAAGCAAUGAACCAGCAUGGGCAGCAGCUAGUGAGCCAGCUGAUACAUGCGUGUUGCUUCUGCCUGCCCCCCUACACGCUGCCUGAUGUGGCAGAGGUCAUCUGGGAAAUCAUGCUGUUUGAUCGGCCAACAUUCUGCCGCUGGCUGGAGAGUGCUUUAAAGGGUCUUCCCAAGGAGACUUCCGGUGGAGCUGUGACUGUGACACACAAGCAGCUCACUGACUUUCACAAACAAGUAACCAGUGCUGAAGAAUGCAAACAAGUCUGUUGGGCACUAAGAGAAUUCACCAGAUUGUUCCGAUAGCUGUUUGCACGUUCCACCAAAAGACCAGGACUGUCCUUUGUUUGCAACUUUGAGAGGUAACAUUAUAGAACAUGGUGACUGCAAAUAAAAAGGGAACUCCCUCACGAAGGACAGAAUGGGAUUCAGCCUACUGUGUCAAGCCAUGAGGGCAAUUCUCAGCAUUUAGUGACUUACUUUACAAAGGUUGCAAGAAUGAGAUGGGUACAACGCAUCCAUCAGCCUGGCGAACAGAUGGCUGCCGCUGGACAGACAGCAUGAGGGAAGACUGCUUUCCUGGGGACUGUGCUAGAUAAGGAACUUUUGCUGAUUAAAAAAAAAAAUAGUAAUUUGCUCAGCAUUGGUUGGAUUUCCACAAAUCAUGGAUCCAUUGUGGAAAAAGAAAUGGAUGUGCCUGGUAUUUAAAAACAAGUAAAAGACUUCUGUAAGUUUUUAAAAAGAAAUGAUUUAUUUUCAUUGAACUGUCUUUAGAAUGACCAAACAUGGUUUGCUCUCUGUGCCAUAAAAAAGCAAAUCCGUGUGAUUCCAAUUGCAAAGCACCCUUGGGAUUUGGAAAUAGUGGUGGGAAGUUUCAUCUGCCCAUUACCUUUACCUUUUUAAACAUUGGCUGGAGUUUUAUUGUUCUGAUGCCAGGCCAAGCUGUAACAUAUUGACCAGUGGACUCUGGCUGUUAUUUUUUUUGUUUCCUUUCUUCUGUAGCAGCCUGCCUGGAAUUCAGGUUAUCAGAUGGUGGCUGCCGAGUUGUAGGAGUUGUGCCGACAUGCUGUUCCAUCUGGUGUUGUAGCCAUCUCGUGAACAAUAAUAAAAGUGAGGACAACAACCUGUU